AUGGCGGACGCAGCGCAGAUUGACGAGGCGUUAAAGCAGUUGACGGCGAUCCAAGACGAACUAGACAAGGUCAAUGAAGAGGCGAGCGACAAGGUGUUGGAAGUAGAACAGAAGUACAACAAGCUAAAGCGGCCCAUUUACGAGCGACGCCAGCAAGUAGUAUCGGAAGUUAACGACUUCUGGAUGACAGUGCUUCUCAAUCACGGUCUUCUUCACGCGUUUUUCACAGAAGAGGACAGACAGGUGUUGGAGUAUCUGAGGGGGUUAGACGUGGAGGACUAUAAAGACAUCAAGUUGGGUUACAGCAUCACCUUCACAUUCGCGGAGAACCCAUACUUUUCGAAUAAGGAGCUGACCAAGAGCUACAAAUACACGGAGGAGGGCACUGCCAACGUGGAGGGCACCAAGAUCGAGUGGGAGGAGGGCAUGGACCUGACGGCACCAAAGCCGAAGCAGGACAAGGCAGGCAAGAAGAGACAACUGGAGGAGCAGGAGAGCUUCUUCAAGUGGUUUGAAGUGGACGAAGCCACCCAGGGCACCUCACCACCCGAUGAUGUGAGUCAGAGCGGUGGGAGGGGGGGGAUCAUGUCAGUCAGAGCGGUGGGAGGGGGGGGAUCAUGUCAGUCAGAGCGGUGGGAGGGGGGGGAUCAUGUCAGUCAGAGCGGUGGGAGAGGGGGGAUCAUGUCAAGCGGUGGGAGGGGGGAUGAUGUGAGUCAGAGCGGUGGGAGGGGGGAUGAUGUGAGUCAGAGCGGUGGGAGGGGGGAUGAUGUGAGUCAGAGCGGUGGGAGGGGGGAUGAUGUGAGUCAGAGCGGUGGGAGGGGGGAUGAUGUGAGUCAGAGCGGUGGGAGGGGGGAUGAUGUGAGUCAGAGCGGUGGGAGGGGGGAUGAUGUCAGUCAGAGCGGUGGGAGGGGGGGGAUCAUGUCAGUCAGAGCGGUGGGAGGGGGGAUCAUAUGA